CACGAAAUUUCGAAGAAUGUGUGACAUUAGUUCAGGUUAACACUAGGAAUGCACUGAGAAAAGUAGUACGGCGUACUAUCUCUCUUUACUUGCGAGGGAAGGAUAGAAUCAAGAGAGAGCUAUUGAUGGGUUUUUCCCUAUAAAUUCCUAAGAGGUGAAGACAGACAUGUGGAAUUGAAGACAGGCAUGUGGAAUUCUUUGAGAAUUUGAGACAUUGUUUUUCGAGGACUUCGAAUUCUGCACUUAGCAAUGGCCACUCCCAGAGAGCAUAUUGAAGAGAUAAGAAGAAAAAAGUUUUCCAUAGGUGGAGAAGAAAACCCACUAACAGAAGACCUUCAUCAUGCGGUUAGACAUCUGUCAGCAGAACUCUACACCAAGGAUGUCCAUUUUCUCAUGGAGCUCAUACAGAAUGCAGAAGACAAUGAAUAUGCACCUGAUGUUGAACCAUCACUGGAAUUUGUGGUUACGAGCAGAGAUGUGACUGGUGUGGGUGCCCCUGCUACUCUGUUAGUGUUUAACAAUGAAAAGGGCUUCACUCCCCGAAACAUUGAAUCCCUUUGCAGUGUUGGACGAUCCACCAAAAAGGGUAAAAGGCAGGGAGGUUACAUUGGAGAGAAAGGAAUUGGAUUCAAGAGUGUUUUUCUGGUCACAAAUCAGCCUUAUAUUUUCAGCAACGGAUAUAAAAUUCGAUUCAACGAAAUUCCCCCACCUGGGAUCAAAAUUGGGUAUAUAGUUCCUGAGUGGAUCGAGAAGCCAAAUAUUGAAGAUCUCAAAAAGGUAUAUAGUAGCCAAUGCCAAGGUGAGCUUCCCAAUACAGUUAUAGUUCUCCCUUUACGCCCGGAGAAGGUGGAAGGGGUGAAGAACCAGCUUGCUAACAUUCAUCCAGAAGUAAUUUUGUUUAUGUCCAAAAUUAAAAGACUCUCCGUCCGUGAAGAUGGCCAAAAUCAAAAUCCCCGGGUGAAUGCAGUCUCUGUUUCCCAGGAAAUAGCAUUUCAAAAUGUGAAGAAUGAGGGAAGUGAAUCAUUUAUUCUUCAUCUAUCGGCAGAGGAAAAUGGGAAAUCGAAUGGAGAAUGCAGUUAUUACAUGUGGAGGCAAAGAUUUCCAGUGAAAUCGAACAACAGGGUAGAGGAGAGAAGAGACAUUGACAAUUGGGUGAUAACACUUGCUUUUCCCCGCGAAGAUCGAGUUACUACGGGCAAUAGAGUAGGUGCUGGUAUUUAUGCAUUUCUUCCCACAGAAAUAGUCACUGGAUUGCCUUUCAUAAUUCAAGCAGAUUUUUUGCUGGCGUCCUCGAGGGAAAGUAUUCUGUGGGACAACAAGUGGAAUCAAGGGAUACUUGAUUGCAUCCCCUCAGUAUUUUGUGAAGCUUUUCUCUCUCUUGUGAAGAGUGUGACAGGGGCUCCUCCCUCUGCGAGAUCAUAUUGCUUCAGGUACCUCCCCAUUUAUCCUCCCUCUUAUGUGCAGCUAAAACCAAUUCGGGAAGGAAUCCAAGCAAAGCUCAAAACAGAAGAAGUCAUGUUACGUGAACCUGAACAUGAACCUGAAAAUGCCUAUUGCAUGCCCAUUCAAGCUCGCAAAAUACUUGCAGGCUUUAGAAAAAUAUUAGAAGCAGCAACCGAAGAAGGCCUAGAAAAGCCUAGUGCCCUGUGGUCCACUAGAGUAUUCAUAAUACACUCGUGCCUCGACAACUCAAGUUCUUUGGAUUUCUUGGGAGUGGACUAUGUGUUCGAUGACUGGUACUCCAUAUGUAUUCGAAGUAACCCUGGUUGGCUUGCGAAUCUCUCUGAGAAUUUGUAUGUGCAACUGCUCUGUUUUAUUGCUGAUCAUUGGAACAGAGGAAUUCCAAGCUCUCUCCAGCAUUUUCCUCUUAUUAAGUUUGACAAUGGCUCUUGUGGUGUGGGGUGGGCAAGUUUGUCGGGUUCAUCGUCUAAGGGGAGCAAAAUAUACUUUUCCUCGGAAGAAAGAGAUAUUGCAUGGUUGACAAGGUGGAAUAAUGUGCUGGGCAGUGCUCCCCGUUACAAAUUCAUGCCAAAUGCAACACAGAUGGCCAUGAAGAGUUUGAGUUAUUAUGAACAGUCAAGAUUGCGGGAAUGGCUAGAUCGAUAUGCUAAGAUCACUGAACUUUCUGUUUCAAGUUUUAGUAAGCAGCUUUUAGAAGAAGCUAAGGUAUCUAGAAGUAAGGAAUUCAUAAUCCGCGUGGCUCAGUUUUUUCAUUUUUCGUCCGUCAAUGGUUAUAUGGACUCAAUACAGAUGCUCACUUUGUGCAAGGAAUUGCCUGUAGUUAGUGAUUCGGGAUCCAUAGUAAGUAGUUGCAAAGCGAAACUUGUACCUGCAUCUAUUGGCAAGUGGCACGAGCUAAUAGGAGACAAUCCAUGGGCUGCAGAUGGGAUUGUUACACUGUCACCUGCUUACAUGAAAGCAAAUGCCAAUGGACUAAGAGGGGAAACGGAAGAUGAACUUGAGGAGUUUAUGAGAAAUGGACUUGGAGCAGUGGACAUUCCCAAGCUAAAACCCCCCAAUGCUUCAUUGCCUGCAGUUUACUCUCGCAUCACAGAAGAUCAAGUUGUUCUUCUUUUACAGUGGAUUCAUUGCUGUGAGACCCUGCCCAACAGGUUCCAAACUAGUAUCAUGGAAGGAAAAUGGUUAAGAACCUACCGAGGUUAUGAAUCUCCAAUUAAAUCUUUUUUGUACAAUAAUGAAUGGUCAUCGGCUGGUGUACAGUUAAAUGACCUUUCUUUCAUAGAUUGUAGUUUCUACAGGAGGAACAUUAAUGAAUUCAAGAGUGUCCUCCAUCGGAUUGGGGUGGUUGUUGAGUUUGGAAUGGGAUGUGAAGAGGUUGCCAGGAUAGUCCAAACGCACACAGAUUUCAGGGUCAUAACAAGGCUUUACAAAUAUCUUCACCGUUCCCACUGGUGGCCUAGUUACUCAAACUGUCUCAAAAUCUGGAUUCCACACAGUGGGCUUGCGGGUGAGUGGAAGGAUUCAAAUAUGUGUGUAGUCCAUGAUGACAAUGGCCUCUUCUAUGGCAGGCUACAAAUCCUGGAAAGUUAUUAUGAAGACACACUACUUACCUUUUUUUCUAGCAAUCUUAGUGUUUCUUUACAUCCCAGGAUUGAUGACUAUUGCAAUUUGUGGUUGGACUGGAUAAGGAGUAAUCAUGUAGUAACUGAGCCUGGAUGCUGUUCAGUUUGGAGGAAUAUUUUAAAGCACUGGAGUCAAUGCCCUUCAGUUAUAAAAGGAAAUUUAGGAAAGCAAGGUCUAAAGUUCCCAGCUCACGGAAGCGGUGGACAUAUCCAAUUAUGUUCGCCUAAUGAAACCUUUAUUCCUGACGACCUUUCAUUGAAAGAGAUAUUCAGAAAAGCAACUACAAAGAUCAAAUUUGCAUGGCAUCCUAACCCUUCAGAUCCCAAAAUACCAUUGGACUCAUUGUUCUCAAUUUACGAGUCCCUCGGAGCUCGAAAAAUAUCUCAAGCAGUAGAGAAAAAGGAGGUGUCCGUUUCAAGUGACAUUGCUUUGCGCAGGCUUCAAGCGGGAGAGGGUUUGUUCAGAAAAGGUCUGUAUAUAAUUAUCCUUGGAUAUCUUGCAUAUCCAUCCUUCAAAUUGUCAGCAGAUAAAAGGCAUCGAAUUGUGAGAGCUCUUUUGGAGUCUUCAGCUUAUGAAGCCGCUCAACCCUUUGGAGUUAUGUACACUUUGACAGUAACAACUGAAGAUGAUAAGACAGAGCAAAUUAAAGUGGCUGCACACUCUCCUGUGCGUUGGGAAAAGGAUAACAAGAGGAUCUUGAUACAGAAAUCUGAUUCACAAAACCAAAAGGCAAAGGUGUCCUUGGCAACUAAAUUUUCUGAGGUAGUUUCAAAUGGUCUAUUAUCAGAACAUCCGCAUCUUGUUGCAGGUUUGUGUGAGAUGUUGAAGUUUGGGUGCGUCCUAGGAUUUAAUGCUGAUAUAUGCAAUGAUAUGCUCCAAUAUAAAAACUUCCAAAUCUUUAAAGAAGAUGAGAGUUUUCUUUCAGAGUUUUUUCCAAUUGUAGACCCUCUUGGCCUAUAUCAAGUUCAACCAGGAAGACAUCAGGGUUCUUCUAGCUGCGGUUUUUCUAGUUCUAGCAGGGGAAGCAGGAAGAGUUUUGGGACACUAGCUAGGCCAGCUAAGUCGCCAUUGCAGUUUUCACCUGAUUUUGUAGAAGGAUGGGAGAGCAGAUUUCAAAUGUUCAAGCAAGGAAUUGACAAUAUGAAAGAUUGCACACCCAUUCCUUUGAAGACUAAGCUGGUGAGAAUGUUAUUCCCUUCAGAAUCAUCAGAUAAAGAGCAGCCAGAGAGCAGCUCAGGCCUUAAUCUUAUGAAGGUGGCAGGGGAUGCCUGCCUUAUAAUGCUCAUUGUUUCAGAAGUUUUGGGCGCCAAUGAAAGCUGUCAAAUGCUGCCAUUUAAGCUGGAAAAUUUACUGGGCGAUGAAGUUUUAGAAUUAGGGAAACGCUUUGGCAGUCAGAAACCUCUCUCUCCCUUUUCUUCUGCUGAUGAAUGUGAUAUCGAGGUGGUGAGGGCCAUUGCAGGAGCAGCCACUUUGAAGUUCUUCACAGCCAAGGACUAAAUUCACUGCCAAUUUGUGUCCAUAUAAAACUUAACAUUAAAGUUGUCUAGAGAUUUUCAGAGUUAAAAAAUAUGUUGUACAGAGGCAUAUAAGCCUUCUCUUGAUAAAUUUACAAAGAAAUAUUGAAGAUUCGAAAA